AUAGAACCCGGGGAGCAAGAAGACGACUGGGAAGUCACCACGUGGUUCUCAACUUUACAGUAACACCAUCCUUAAAUAGUAGCCCUCUCCACACCUCUCUUUCUUCUCUUCACUUACGAGCUUAUUAGUCUUCUCGAGGGUUUUAUCUCGAGGGGCCUGUACAUUACACCUAAGGUGAAGCGUCUGUUUUUAAUGUUAAUUUGCUGCAUUUGUUUUAGUGAGUGGAACCCCAGAUGCAACUGCAGUAGCUUUUGGGUACACCUUCUCUGUUACUACUAUGGAUAAUUUCAGAGGUUUUGGGUUGGGCAAAGCAUUUAGGAAACAGAGGACUAAUCUGUAUCGCCGGCCGCAAAAUGAGUCCCAGAUGCUUCUGGAUUGUCCUGACAAUUCAUCAAUUUCAUCAACGCCGCAAUCUGAUAGUGUGAGCAGAGCAUCCAGUCAUGACAUUGUUGAUUAUGGUAAUAUUUCAGGAACAUCAUAUAGUAACCUCAGUGGCACUGAGACUGGCAUGAAUCAAGGUGUGGAAGAUGGAAACUCUGGAGACUUCUGUUACAGUGAUACUGAACAAAAGGAUGAUCAGAUAGAUAUGAACAGAUUUAGUGAAGGAUACGUCACAGCAUCUCAUAUAGAAGAUCCCCAAAUAAGCGGAACUGUGAUUUGCAAUAACCAUUCUGGACUGCAUGGAAUAGUAUCGGAUGGAGCUGGGAAUGACAAUAAAGUCAAGACAGUGAAACUCAAGGUUGGCGGUGUUACAAGAACAAUACACACUUCUGUUGCUGGAUCCUCUUCAACAAAGUCUUCCUCCUCUUCAGAUGCCCCCCAACCAUGGCAACCAAAGGAGAAUACUGGUGGACAUCAUCCCUCUUAUACUGGCAAGGCAAUUGGCUUACGAGGUAUCCCUUGGAAGGAUUUUGCUAAAACUGGUUUUAGCAUCAGGAGAGUGGAUUCCUUGCAGGAUCAGUUACCUGGGCAGAUUGCCCCUUUGAAACAAUUUAGAAAAUAUAAAGCAGCUCAUAAAAGCAAACCUGUGCUUAAAAGACAUUUAUCAGAUGAUGAAGAUGAUGAUGAUGAUGAGAUCCGUUACCUGGAGAAGCUCAAGUCUUCCAAGUACUCUGCUAUUUAUAGUGCUGGCUAUGAGGAUGUUGAUGAACCUGGAAGUAAAAAGGAACGGAAGAUAUCAAGGGUGUUGAGUCAAACUACCGAUGGUUAUGGUGCAGGUAUUAGUGAUUACAACUCGCUCAAAGCACGUAAAGGGAUGAAGAAAUCCAAAUCAGCUAGGGAAUCUCAGGAUACUGACUCUGAAGAAGGAGCGGUGCUUUCUGAUACUGGGUUAGAACCCAAGAAGAAGCAACAACGAAAGGAAUUCAUUGAUUUCUCAGUGGAUGGUGGGACAAAAUUGGCGGUCACUACUCGCCAACAGGCAAUUCAAACUGGAAAAGAUAUUUCUUCCAGCGCAGGCUUGAGUGCAAUUGGAUUCCCCCAUGGGCUUCCACCUCCACCACCUAAAAAACAAAAGGAGAAGCUAUCUGAAGUGGAACAGCAGUUGAAGAAAGCCGAGGCUGCACAAAGACGGAGAACGCAAGCUGAAAAGGCUGCUCGAGAGUCGGAGGCUGAAGCAAUAAGGAAAAUCCUUGGUCAAGAUUCUAAUAGGAAAAAGCGAGAAGAUAAACUUAAGAAGCGACAAGAGGAGUUAGCACAGGAGAGGAAUGCAACUGCUACUGCACUGUCAUCAAGUACUAUCAGAUGGGUCAUGGGUCCUUCUGGUAAUGUUGUGACGUUUCCUAAUGAGAUGGGACUCCCGAGCAUAUUUGAGCCUAAGGCUUUCAGCUAUCCUCCACCUCGCGAGAAAUGUGCUGGUCCAUCUUGUAUGAAUACGUAUAAAUACAGAGACUCCAAAUCAAAACUUCCUCUCUGCAGUCUCCAGUGCUACAGAGCAAUACGUGAAAAGAUUCAACCUCUGAGUGCUUGUUGAUUGUGCUGAGCUCCUCCGGACCUUAUACAGUUAUACUGAUAGAUUUUCUCUCACAUAAUCAUGGUAAAUUUCACAAACCACGUUAUCUCUCUUUUUGCAUACAUUUUACUCUCUUCUCCCACGAAACCACGAUUGAAUCACCAUCUCCUACGACGUUGUAAUACUCUCCGGAAACUGUCAACACCUAACAAUUCUUUUUCAUUCGCUUUACUCCCACACUAUCCCCUUUUCCCAGGCAAAACUCAGUUAGUUUUGUUCACUUCUAUGCCUAUAUAAUCGAAAUACACUCUGUAAGCAAGAGGGAGUUGAUCAUGGCUUCGUACCUGGGAGUUGCGAGGAGUGGUACAAAAGCUACGAUGGUAUUGAUGUGUCAAAAGCAAUGUACAGGAUGCGUGGGAAUAAUGAGAUUCAGGAUUUUUGCUCGACGGAGGAUUCGUCGGAAAUUAGGGUUUGUUGUUGAACAAAGACGACGGAUUUUGGAGCUGAGCAACUUGUUUUUCUGUUAAUAUAUUUCAAUGUAUUUUCAAUGUAUCACGCUGUAUUUUCAUGUAUUUCAUUGUAUUCA